UGCGAAGUGAUAUUUAGCAUUUUGACUGAUCCAAGAAGGACAAGAAACUUUUAUCAUAGAACACAACUGGCAUUUUUAUUCAUGAACCACAAAUCCAUUUUUUUUUUCAAAAGCUCUAUUUGUCAGUGAACCAAACCUAGCAACCUUGGAUGACCCAUCAAAGACAUGCGCAGAGGAAUGGAAUGAAUUUCAUACAUCCCUUUUCCACUCAAUCUAUAAACAACUUGUUAAUAUUGGUCAUGAAAAAUAAUUCACAAUUUGUUCUCACUGGUUUUGUUUAUGAUGCUUUUAGUUCUUGAAUAGGCAAUGGAAGCGGUGGUUUUUCAAUUCUCAUCAAAUUUGAAAAGUUCCCAUGGACUCCUCUCAAGGAAGAUUGGUUAGCAUAGGCUGCUUCGCCAAUGAAGAAGAAAGUGAAAAAGGUCUGUUGUGGCUAGAGCGAGAUGUUUGCAUGGAAACAUGAUAAAACAAGAGAUGCUUAGGUUGUCUGAGUCCGAUUUGAUGUUAUGGUAUAAGAAAACAGGUGAAAGAGAAGGCGAAUAUUAUUGCAGAGCACUGCAAUAAAGGGAAGUUUUAGAUGGUCGCAAUGGCACCACACCAAGUUAACAUUUCUCAAAUGACGAAUCAUGUAAGCUAUUUGAAGAGAAAGCAGGUGAUAUGGUUGAUGACCCUACCUUGCACACCAUUGGCAAGGGAGGUUGUCAAAGAAUACAGCAGUCUUCCGCUUGCUAUUACAACACUUGGAGGAGUAUCGAGAGGUGUAAGCAAUUGUAGGUUGUGGAAUAAUGCACUAUCACAGCUAAAAACAUCUGCCCCAAGCAACAUCAAAGGCACAUGGCAUGGCAUGGAGGACAACGUACCAGUCUAUCAAAAUGUUGGAAGGUGGCAAAGGCUUUUUAGAAGACACCAAAUUUCUGGAGGAAAUAAUAAACAAAGGGCAUACUUGGAUUAAAGAACUCAAAUCUUCUUCUGUUAUUAGUGGGGGAAGAAGGGUGUACCUGCCUCUCUUGAGCAAUUGAGCAUUGUGGAAUGAUUGAUAAUUUGUAGGUAACUUUUUAUUGUUGUACAUAUUUAAGACA